AUGUCGGGUCUCUUCGGCACCGCAGCUUCGUCCGCUGGGGCUGGUGCCAACACGGUUGGCGAUCUGAAGCAAGACGUGCAGGUUGCGAAUUCUCCAGAGGACAGCAUUUCCGAUCUCGCCUUCAACCCCAACCAGGCGGACCAGAAGGAUUUCCUGGCCGUAGCAUCAUGGGACAAGAAGGUCCGCAUCUACGAGGUCCUGCCUAACGGUCAGGCCGAAGGCCGACAUGCCUACGACCACGAUGGUCCCGUUUUCAGUUGCGAUUAUCACAAGGAUGGAACCAAAGUUGUCUCCGCCUCGGCAGACAAACAGGCCAAAGUCUGCGAUUUGAACACCGGCCAGACGGUUCAGGUUGCCGCCCACGACCAGCCGAUCCGAUGCGUGCGAUUCUUCGAUGCCUCGGGAACAUCGAUGGUGGUGACAGGAUCGUGGGACAAGACGGUGAAGUACUGGGACAUGCGCCAGAGCACAGCCGUGGCGACCCUGCAGUGCCAGGAGCGAGUCUACACCAUGGAUGUGCGGGACAACCUGCUCGUGGUUGGUACUGCUGACCGGUACAUGAACGUGGUCAACCUGAAAGAGCCGCAGAAAUUCUACAAGACAUUGCAGAGUCCCCUUAAGUGGCAGACCAGGGUCGCUAGUUGCUUCACUGACUCAAAGGGCUUCGCUAUCGGCAGCAUUGAGGGCAGAUGUGCGAUCCAGUAUGUCGAGGACUCAGAUGCGAGUUCCAACUUCUCCUUCAAAUGCCACCGAGACCCGCCCCAGGGGACAGUUACCAAUGUCUACGCCGUCAACGACAUCUCCUUCCACCCGGUUCACGGCACCUUCUCUACCGCCGGCUCAGACGGCACGUUCCACUUCUGGGACAAGGAUGCCAAGCACCGUCUCAAGGGAUACCCCAACGUCGGUGGAAGCAUCACCGCGACCACGUUCAACAAGAACGGAGCCAUCUUCGCCUACGCCGUUAGCUACGACUGGUCGAAGGGAUUCCAGGGUAACAACCAGCAGUAUCCGACCAAGGUCAUGCUGCAUCCUGUUCAGCCCGACGAGUGCAAGCCGCGCCCUAGUGUGAAGAAGCGAUAA